CAAAAAGAGAAUCAGAAGAGUUAAGACAUCGUUCAGAAAGCGAGGAAGAGGAAGCUAAAAUUAAAGCUCGCCUAGAAGAAGAGCAUGUAGCUCUACAACAGACUCUGGAUGACAAACGGAGAAAAAUACAGCAUUUGGAAGCAGUAAAAGAUUUAAAUGCAGCACGAGCAAGAAUGCAAGUGUAUGACCAAGAAGAGUCCAUUAAAGAAGAAUGGAAAGACGUGAUAGAGAGGGAUCUGGUAAGUAACCCAGUGCCUGCUCCCACAAGUCCUCAACGACAGGUUGUCACUACUUCCUCAAGUGAAAGUACAGCAGAGCUUGUUAAGGUGCUAGCUGGUGCCUUAACUGCCAACAGAAUUCCAGUUCCUGAACCCUCAGUAUUCAGUGGGGAUGCAUUGAAAUACAAUGACUGGAAACUUUCAUUUGAAAUACUGAUUGACCAGAAGAACAUCCAAGACAAAGAAAAUAUAUACUACUUAAGGAGAUAUGUUGGUGGACAAGCUAAGAAAGCACUUGAUGGUUAUUUCCUGCUCGGAACCAAAUCUGCCUAUGUUGCAGCAUGGGAGAUUUUGGAGGAGAGAUAUGGGAAUCCAUUUACAAUUGCAAAAGCCUAUAGAGACAAGCUUCAAUCGUGGCCCAAGAUAGGAUCUAAGGACAGCUUUGAGCUCAGAGAUUUUGCAGACUUUCUCCGUAGUUGCGAGGCUGCCAUGGUCCAUAUCAAGGCAUUAGAAAUCUUGAAUGACUGUAAUGAAAACAGGCAAAUACUUUCAAAAUUACCAGAUUGGCUAACUGCAAGCUGGAAUCGGAAGGUUACUGAAGUCCAAGAAGACAGUAAACAAUUUCCCUCCUUCAGCCAAUUUGUAAAGUUUUUGACAAGAGAAGCAAAUAUUGCCUGUAACCCUGUCACAUCAUUGCAAUCACUGAAGCAAGGUGAAGCUGGAAACACCAAAUCUCAAAGACAACAAAGCUUUGCAGCAAAGACACUGACCACAAGUUCAGACGAAAACACCGUCUUAACAUGUAUUCUGUGUAAGAAGAAUUGGCAUUCCUUGCACAAUUGCAGGAAGUUCAUGGAGCAAGCUGUUCCAGACAGAAUUAAGUACAUUCAAGCUCAGAAGCUAUGCUUUGGAUGUCUCGAGACUGGCCAUCAGUCAAGGAGCUGCCACAGUAGGAGUGUAUGUGAAGUGUGCAAGAAGCAACAUCCUACCUGUCUGCAUGAAGAGCGUACAAAUCAAGAAAGAUACAAAGAAAGACUUCAACCAACACAACAAGAAGAAAGAACCACAGCGGCUACUUCCAACAGAGUAAUACUUGGUGAAGGUAACACGCAAACAGCUGCUAUAAUUCCAGUCUGGCUUUCAUCCACAUGUCAACCAGCAGAAGAAAUCCUUGUAUACGCUCUGUUGGAUUCUCAAAGUGACACAACAUUUGUGCUAAGUGAAGUAGCUGAGGCUUUGGAAGCAAGUAAACAACAAGUCAAGCUCAAGCUAUCUACUAUGACCUCAAGAACCACAGUUAUAAGCGCUCAAAGAGUGAACAACCUACAAGUCAGAGGCUUUUACUCCGGUAAAAAGAUUCCCUUACCACCAGUCUAUACACGUGACUUCAUUCCAGCCAACAGAACUCGCAUACCAACAGAUGAAACUGCAAAAGCUUGGUCUCAUCUAGAGCACCUCCAAGGAGAGAUUGCACCUCUGCAAGACUGUGAAGUGGGUCUGCUCAUAGGGUACAACUGCUCACAAGCUUUACUUCCAAGAGAAGUUGUGUUUGGCAAAGAAAAUCAACCUUACGCACAACGUACAGACCUUGGAUGGAGUAUUGUCGGAAACUUGAAUCCCUGUCUAGAUUACGGAGACGCCAUUGAUGUUAGCCAUCGCAUAGUAGUAAGACAAGUGACACCAGGUGUAGAACCUUCUCUCAGUCUCAAAACUGAAGUACACUAUGUGAGCCGAAACAAAGUUAAAGACAUUACUCCCUCAGAAAUCAUAAAAAUCCUCGAAUCAGACUUCUCAGAAAGAGUUGGAGAAGAGGAUUCUGUGUCCCAAGAAGAUCUCAAGUUCCUGUCGAAGUUAAGAGAAAGCAUCACACACAAAGAGAAUGGUCACUACGAAAUGCCAUUACCAUUCAAAGGCGAAAGACCAAAAUUACCUAACAACAAGACGUGCGCAGUACACCGCCUAAAUUGUCUUGAAAGAAGACUUAAAAAGGAUCAGAAGUACUACAAGGACUACGUCAACUUCAUGGAUGACAUCAUUUUACGUGGUGACGCAGAGAAGGUCCCUGAGGAAGAAAUCAACAACAAUCCAGCCUGGUACAUUCCUCACCAUGGAGUUUAUCAUCCACAGAAACCAGGAAAAAUACGAGUAGUAUUCGACUGUUCUGCCAAGUACCAGGAAACAUCCCUCAACGACCAUCUGCUCACUGGUCCUGAUCUGACAAACACGUUGGUGGGUGUACUGUGUCGCUUUCGCAAAGGUUCUUUUGCUGUCAUGUGUGACGUCGAAAGAAUGUUCCACCAGUUUCAUGUGAAAGGGGAAGAUCAAGAUUAUCUAAGAUUCCUGUGGUGGGAGAGCGGAAACUUAGAAACCAAACCAUCCAUCUACAGAAUGAAGGUCCACUUGUUUGGAGCAGCAUCGUCUCCUGGCUGUGCCAACUUCGGCUUAAAACAUCUGGCAGCACAAGGGCAGGGUCAGUUCAGUGAAGACGCCGUGCGCUUCAUUCAAGGAAACUUCUACGUCGACGAUGGGUUGGUAAGCGUUGAAACUGAGAAAGAAGCCAUUCAACUUGUCAAAGAAUCCAGAGAACUUUGCUGCACUGGGAAGUUAAGACUCCACAAGUUUGUUUCUAACAAUGAGAAUGUGACGGCGACCAUCCCAGAAGAAGAACGUGCAGCAGUUAAAGAUCUUGACAUGGCUUUAAGUUCAUCGCAUAUGGAGAGAGCUCUAGGAGUGUCACAUCUGACUCAUUCAAGUUCAGAGUUCAAGUAAAACCCAAUCCUCUAACAAGAAGAGGUGUGCUCUCUACCGUAGCCUCCGUGUAUGAUCCCCUGGGGUUCAUGGCACCCUUCAUCCUCUUGGGUAAACAGAUACUCCAGCAAAUGUGCAGAGACAAGAUCGGAUGGGAUGAAGAUCUACCAGAGAACUUAAGACCUCAGUGGGAGUCCUGGAACAGAGAUCUACCCAAUCUGGCUGAGAUGCAAAUUAAAAGAUGCUUCUUACCUUCAAGUUUCGGUAAUGUCAAGACUUAUGAACUUCAUCACUUUGCGGACGCAAGUGUCUCGGGAUAUGGUGAAUGUACUUACCUUCGAGCCAUUAACAAGUCAAAUGAAGUCCAUUGCUGUCUGGUAAUGGGAAAGUCUAGAGUUUCACCAACCAAAGUUACAACUAUACCAAGACUGGAACUCUCUGCUGCAGUUGUUGCAGUGAGAACCAGCGACAUGCUCAGGAAAGAGUUGGAAAUCCAAGACCUUAAAGAAUUAUUUUGGACAGAUUCAAAAGUUGUUCUUGGCUACAUAAACAAUGACGCCAGAAGGUUUCAAGUGUUCGUAGCUAACCGCAUACAGAGAAUCAAGUCCAGCACGAAGCCUGAACAAUGGGCUUAUGUUGCUUCAGAAGACAAUCCAGCAGAUCAUGCCUCUCGAGGUUUAACUGCAAAGCAACUGAAGACUUCAAACUGGUUCACAGGACCAACGUUUCUUUGGCAAAAGGACCUACCUGUAAGAGAAUGCAAGGUGGGAGAAAUCAAUGAGGAUGAUCCUGAAAUUCGCAAGGCUAUCGUGUGCAACACAAAGGCAAAAGAAGACGGGUCAUUAUUGGAUCGCUUACAGAAAUUCUCUGAUUGGUCAAGGGUAGUAAGAGCAAUUGCAAGACUGAAACGACAUGCCAAAGAACACCAAGGUACGAAACAAAGAACCAAUGAAUGUACAACCAUCGAAGAAAGGAAAGAAGCAGAACUUUUCAUCAUCCAGCUAGUUCAAAAGGAGUCCUUCUCAGAUGAGCUAAAGAGCUUGAAACAAAUGAAAGCAGUUACCAAGGCCAAAGACAGUAACCUGUUCAAGCUGAAUCCAUUCCUGGAUGAAGAAGGUAUCCUGAGGGUGGGAGGACGCUUAAGUCAAGCUUCAUUGCACCCACAUGUUAAGCAUCCGGCUAUACUGCCAAAGAAAAAUUAUGUAUCAGCUUUGCUUAUCAAGCGCCUUCACGAAAGACAACAUCAUCAGGGACGUGGAAUGACGAUGAACGAACUGCGAGCUAAUGGAUGGUGGAUCCUGGGAUGCAGCAGUGCGGUCUCUGCGCACAUCUUUAACUGUGUCAAGUGCAGAAAGUACAGAAGACGUCCUGAAGAGCAAAGAAUGGGUGACUUACCUCAGGACAGAACGGAAAUCAGUCCGCCCUUUACCUAUACUGGCAUAGACUGCUUUGGUCCGAUCUAUGUUAAGGACGGAAGGAAGGAUCUCAAAAAAUAUGGUCUCUUACUUACCUGUUUAUGUUCAAGAGCCAUACAUAUAGAGAUGAUCGAUGACAUGACUACUGAUGCAUUUAUCAAUGCUUUAAGAGCAUUCAUGGCCAUUAGAGGUAAUGUUCGUCAAUUGAGAUGUGACCAAGGCACUAAUUUUGUUGGUGCAAGAAGAGAGUUUGCAGAACUCAUGAAAGGAACGGAUCAAGAAAGAGUGAAGGAUCUAGGAUGUGAGUUUCUUAUGAACCCUCCAGCUGCAAGUCACAUGGGUGGUGUCUGGGAAAGGCAAAUAAGAACUAUAAGAAGUGUUCUUACAGCUAUUCUGGAUAAAUCAGCACAAAGGCUCGACAGCACCUCCCUGAGGAUUUUCCUGUAUGAAGUCUUGGCUAUCAUUAACAGCAGACCACUCACAGCAGAACAUUUGAAUGAUCCAUCCGGACCCGAACCUUUAACUCCAAACCACAUACUCACAAUGAAGUCCACAAUCAUUCUUCCUCCACCUGGUCAAUUUGUAAAAGAAGAUCUUUACCUUAAGAAGAGGUGGCGCAGAGUGCAGUAUCUGGCUAACGAGUUUUGGACAAGAUGGAAGAAAGAAUAUCUUUUGAACUUACAGCCAAGACAAAAGUGGCAUAAAGACAGAAGGAACGUGAAGGUCAACGACAUCGUCCUUCUACAGGAUGAUCUGACACCUCGUAAUGAAUGGAAGCUGGCCAAAAUCACAGAAGUCUUUCCAGGGUCAGAUAGUAGGGUCGGAAAACUUAAAUUACUGGUUAGCCAAACCACAUUAGACAAAAAGGGGAAACCCACAAUUAGGACUGUGUUCCUUGAAAGACCUGUACACAAGGUUGUUACUCUGCUUGAGGCAGAAUAAGGUGUUUAAUGUGUUGCCUGAGAUUCCAUGUUAAGUUGUUAUCUACAGGUAAUGUCUAUUUCAAAGGGUAAAGCGUUUACUUUGUACAAACAAUCUUUUGUGUGAAAUCUCACGAGUAAUGUGUGAUUUGGUGGGAGUGUAAGUGCAGCCUUUACAUGUUCAUAAUUUAACUGUAAUGUGUAUUUUCUAAGUGUACUAAUUAUUAUUGUUGUAAUGUUUCAUGCGUGCAAUAUUUCGUCUUUUAUUUUGAAGUCCAAGCUCACGUCUCGUUAUGCUGUUCUCGCGUGAGUUAGAGAGCGAGAACAUGAGAAGCACCCUCAGAGUAAGAUGCACGGAUACUUAAAGCUCCGUUAGUUUUGUAUUCUUAUACAUAUAAGUUGUGAAGAGAACUGAAGAAUACUUCCCUCUGUUUACAGAGCAUGCAGCCCAACGAGUUUUCACGGUGGAUUCGGAGGAAUAAACCCGUUAUGAGAAAGCCACUUGUGUCUGCCUGUGCUUCGAGGGAAUUACAG